AUGGCCAUCAGCGAGUUCAAUGGUUUUGGCCUUGCUGCGACAAGCACGAAGUACAGGAUCGACAAGAACCAAUCGAAUCUCAUGUUCGGGUUCAAGGCCAAAAACACAGAGGGCAUAUGGGUGGACAUCAUGACUGUGUCCCCUGCUAAGCAGCACCUGUUCAUUCAGCGGGUCCUGUUCAUGUACGACAUCACCAAGCAAUCUGCAGGGAAAGCCCAAGUCUUGCGGAUCUCUUUGGAUCGAUGGAUUGCUGAAUGCGAUAUUGCUUGCCUCUGUGGCUUCAUCCUUGAGGAGAUGGAGCGAUUUCGGGAUCCCAAGAAUUUGACCGUCUUCUCCAAGGAAACGCUAGGUGUUCUGAUGAGCCGCUUCAUCGAAGGGGACUUUCAUGAAGAACUUCGACCCAUGGUGGAGGUCAUGGACCCCACAUUCAAGGCAGAGCAGACUUCCAUGUGGGUUGAGAGUUUGCCCAAGGAAGCGAUUAGCGAAACUGCGCUGGUGGAAGCUGAUGAAAAAAUCGAUGCCAUGACAGCUGCCCACAACAAACUGGAGUUUGAGAGUGACUCAUUGGCUCUUGCAAGGGAUGCAGCCCAAUUGGCAAGGCUGCUCAGUGAAGAGUCUAAAUCUGAGCGCGCUGCGCGCAUCGCCAAAGUGUGCCACCUCCGCCAGGAGAACGCUCUGGGAAGCAGCCUGACAUCCAAGUUCAUGCGGGGCAAGUGUCACCAUCGAUCUGGACCGCUCUCAGAUCUUCAGGAUGGACUCAACAAGUUUGUGACCCAGCUGAAAGAUGACAAUGGAUGCUUGGUGAUGUGGGUCGAUUACAUGAAAUUGGGACGACUCACCACGCAAGAUCUAAACUCCACCAUUGAGCUUACCAAGAAGGCCUUGGCAGCAAUGCCAGAGCGCUCGUGCUGCUUUGCGAUUUCCCCUCAGUUGACCUCAGAGCGCCGGAGUGGACUUCGAGCUGAGUGGAGGAUAUGUGAUGAUUACAAAAGUCUGUAG